AUUCUGUAUUCUCUUUGGACAUUAAACAUCUGACUGUCAAACUACAGCCGAAAAAAUAAAAAUUUUAUUCUAAAAAUUAAAAUACUUUUGGCUAAGUCCCUUAGUUGAUAUCAUAAUGGUACGAGUUACUCCAGUUCUUGCUCGUAUUCCCGUUAUAAAAUUUCGUAAGGGUGGAUUAGGUGGUGCAUCGAGACCCGCCGCUGCAGCUGCACCAGCAAGCGCUGCACCAUCUGCAUCUGCAGCACCUGCAGCCGCGCCAGCCCAAAUGCAGCCAAAGGCAGCUAUGAGUACAUCCGUGCCAGACAUAGAUCUGCCUCUCCGCUACAGAAGGCAACCUCUAUCAGAUGAAGAAAUUGCUUACAUCAACGGCGGAGGAAUUGUUUAGUCCUUCAACUUAAAAUAUAGUAGAUGCAGUUUUCAAUAGUAGAACUUGGUUAAUAAUAUAGUUAUUAUUAUCUUAGUAUUUUUCUAAAUUAAAGUUUAUAAAACAUACAAAUGUGCUUUGGAUUAGAAGAUAAUGGAAUAUGUGUGAUGUAAAAUCCUUAGUCUGAUUAUACAUAUAGUAAGACUAAAAAUAUAGCUUAGAAAUCAUAUCUAAGCUAAAUUUUAACUUCUAAAUAGAAAAAAAUAAUUUUACAAUUUUUCCCAUCACCUUAUAUCACACUAUACUAAAAUGAUAAAAUAUUAACAAAAAAUUUCUUCAGCUUAGAUAGAGAUUAAUUAUUGUAAGUGGCUUACUCAAAGCAAACAACAUAGUUGGAUCUAUGUAUAUUUAUUUUUAUGCAUUGAUAUGUUACUAUUUAUUAAAAUUAUACUUUGAAUAAGUUGCUCACUUGAAAA